AUGCAAGCAGCACCACUCUGGCGCGGCGGCGGCAGCUUCGCCCGCCAAAGCCAACGGCUGUCGUCGUCCUCUCGGGCAUUUUCUCAAUCCGCAGAUAGUCUAGCGACCACGAAGCUCAAGCGGCGAAGUCUCGUGGACGUGCACGUCGACAGUUUGGACGACCACGGAAACGGCGUCGGGCGGGACAUCACGUCCAAUGCACUGUGUACUGUCGUUGGCGCUAUUCCAGGCCAAAGAUGGAAAGGACGAGUGGUCAAUGACCGGUGCACACCUGCUCGUGUUGUUGGCAUGGAGCUGUUGACACAAAGCGAUCGAUACGUGGAGCCAUUGUGCCCUUACUUUAAAGACUGUGGGGGGUGCAAGACGCAGCAUGUUCCGUACGCCGAUCAAGUCGCCGCCAAGUACGCGUCAGUGCAACGGCUGCUCCAUCCCAUCGAGUCGGCUUCUGCCGAUCAUGCCACACACACGUUUCAUUACCGCAACAAAACGGAGUUUACUGUGAGCGCGGGUCGAUGGCUGACCCAGCACGAUGCCCCAGACUCGAACCACAGCCACCCGUUCACGAUCGGGUUCUUUCCAAAGUCCUCUGGCAGCUCUCGGAAAUGGGAUGGCCGCGUCGUGGCCAUCAACGCUUGCGUCCUCCAACACGACGUGGCCAAUCGCAUUCUGCAGAGCUUGCUCGCCGUCGCAGAGCGCUUGGACGUCGUCGCAUACGACUUUCUUGGACACACGGGGGACCUUCGCAACGUUGUGGUGCGGGUCGGCACGUUAAAAGACAGCUCCAAGCAGGUCAUGGUAGGCCUCAGCACUGCCACCCUCUCGUCCGACGUCGGGCCCCAGCUGGCGUCCGCGCUGCUCGCUGCGUUGCCGCCCGCGGACGCCGCAUCGAUCGCGUCCAUUGUGCAGUUUGUCGAUCCCGAAAUGCAACGCCGACAUCAUCAUCGGCACCACGAGUCGCUGCGGGUGCUGCAUGGCCACUCGUACAUCCACGACACGAUCCUAGACUCGACCUUUCGCCUGUCGUUGCACUCGUUUUUCCAGCCCAAUACGGCCAUGGCGUCCGUCUUGUACGCCCACUUGGUGGCAUUUGUAGCGUCCUACUCGCCGACUUCUCCCCCCGUGGUGUGGGACUUGUUCUGCGGAGUCGGCUCCAUCGGCAUCUGCCUCGCACCCCACGCCAAGCACGUCGUGGGCAUCGAAAUCGUUCCGGACGCGGUCGUCGACGCCGCCCAGAACGCCGCCGACAAUGGCGUAACGCACAAAACGACCUUUGUAUGUGCCGACGUACUCAAAGCCGAGAACGAGGCGGUACUGACGGCGCUGCCUCAUCCGGACAUUGUCGUCGUGGACCCGCCGCGCCCCGGCCUCUCCAAGCCGCUGAUCGCGUACCUCUGCGACGUCGUCCAGCCUGGCGCCAUCGUGUACGUGUCGUGCAACCCCUCGACUCAAGCGCGGGACCUCCAGCUCAUGCUCGCGACGUACGCUGUCGUGGGGUCGCAGCCCGUGGAUAUGCUGCCGCACACGCCUCACGUGGAAAACAUCGUGUACCUCGAGCGACGCCAUACAAACUGACGAGUAGCACAACCAUUUAAAAGAUGUGCCUAAGGCCAGUGUACUACCAUCUCGUCGUCCUCGAGCGUACUAGUAUACUUUGUAUAAGCUAGACUGCACUCGAUAUAAUAAUAUUCG